UUUUGACAAGCCCGGCAUCCACGAUUGCCCGUUUUAUGAUCGGCAUUGGCGAUCGACGUCGUUGACUAACCUCGGGUGCGUACUAUUUCUCCCUCCCUCACCUGGGUUCCUGUCGACCGCAGGCAAGGACUGUUCGCAGGGUCGCUGCGAAGGGAUCCCAAUCCGAACCCGCCGUCGAGUAUAGGGCUUCCGGUGCCUUGCGUCCUAUCGCCCAGGAAAUGCCCGUGAUCCCCACGUUCUAAUCGCUGUCUCCAGAUUUCAUCUAUCCAUUCUUCCGAGUCUACCCCAGACCAUCUCUCUUCCUGGACUGGUGCAGUUUCUCCUACCUCGUCUGCUCCGAACCCUUUCUGGGCGUUGGCAAGAUCGGAUGGAGAUGGACUUCCAAAAAACGAAGGACGCCCGGCGAGAUACGCCGAGCAAGAAGGAAGAAAACUCCGAAUGCCCCUUGGAAGCAUAUGGAGGCAGUGGCCAUGCGAAGGACUCGCCCAAGAAUGACUCUCUGGACCACCAUCGCGAUGCGAAGAGCCCCCCAGACUCCGCGAAUAUGCACCAGCGACGCCAGCCGGGUAAAUAUACCUACCGUGAUGGUGUAGCCCCAACAUUUCCGUCGCCUAUCCAGAUGGCAACACGGGUUCUGGCGCCGUCUGCACGAGCAAUGCACAUUCCCCCAGCCCUGCCACUCAGCUUGGAACAACAUCAACGGCUACUAGCUGCUAAAAGGUAUCCGCCAGUGACCAAGAGUACGCUUAGUGAACUGGACCUGCCUUGUAUCAUGAGCAACAUUAACCUCCGAAUGGACGCCAACUUUGACCGUGAUCUUCACUUUAAACCUGACCUGCAGGGAGAAAAAGGCGAACGGAAACGAAAGGAGGCCCACGACUACUGGGAGGCUAUGGCUGAUGAGAUCGCUAUAUAUGCAUUCGGUGCCGCACAAGAGACGAACGGGACAGACAAUGUUGGAAUCUCAGAUAAUCUAUCGCGGACCUUUGAACCGCGGCUACCCGCCAUGUUCGAAACCUUGCAAGACGUCCUGAAAACGCUCGUCCCUGAGCGGGACCAUCCGGCUGUGGUACAAAAUCUCGAGGUAACACUCCUGAUGCAACAAAUCCAGAAGGGCGUACUUGAUAUGGUGGGUGUGGCAAGCUGGCUGGCGGCCUUGCUCAAGACACACUGCGCUCCUAUGCGCGAUGAAUGGGCAGAUAAGAUGGUCAAGCAGAUACGGUCAGGGUCGGAGUCGCAAAACUCGCACCAAAUUGUCGAAGGGCUCAAAACACUGUUCGCAAUCUUGGAAGCGAUGAAACUGGAUGUUGCCAAUCACCAAAUCCGUGCUUUCCGUGUAUUGCUCAUUGAAGACACCGUUCCGUUCCUACAGGAGUAUUUCCGAGGCAAGAUCGAGAGGGACAAUUUCUGUGUGGAAACAUCGCGACAGUGGUAUCUGGACCUCCGCGAUCGAGAGUUGUGCCGCAUGUCGAAACCUACCCAGAUGGACGGGUUCUGGCCCAUCUCUCUGUUGUUUGGUGGCAUCACCGACUUUCUUCUGCAGUACCGGCGACCAGACAAGCUCCCUGAAACGUUCGUUUUCGACUCGGACCGGCUGCGGCAGCUGCGAUCUUGUCUCCAAAAGCUGAUCAACCUUGAUAUCUGCUGGUUCAUCUUCGAGUCGUACAUCAACGCACAGAAACGGUAUCUUUCGGCGCCCGCGCAAACAUACGCUACUUUCCGCACCCGCAUCGGAUCGCUGAUGGAAGAGAACGAAGACUACCCUCGAGGGGAUCCUCGGUGGCUGAAAAGCGUACGGAGCAUCGCGCUGGAGAUUGCACGAUUUGCAUGCGCCGCGUGCUUCCAAGACGGGUCGGUCUCGGACGAUGUCAUUGUGCAAAUAGAAAUGGCACUGGAAUGCCACCUCUCGAGCCCAUCCAACUUGUUCCAGUAUUUCCAGAGCUCUCUUCGCGAGAAGCUACUAGCAGCGACGUUCACGACGGCGAAGAAGUACAUGAGCAUGUCACCCCUGGCGAUCUGCGAAUCGCAGCGCAACUAUCCGCCCUCGUCGCUAACACAACAGCACUAUGACAUCGAGCGAAUCGCCAUGCGCCUUGCACACAUGGGCGUGCUACACUGGAACGUCUGGGCGCCGAUUCUAUACAUGCGCGAGAGUGUGUCACCGAUUGACGUGGCGAACAACACGAGAACGGUCACUGACGUGGCGCGCUCGUCCACCCUGUAAUUCAUCGCCUUAUUUGCUUUUUGGUUUCUGAGGGUUCUCUUCUUCUGAUGUACUCUUGAUAUGGGAUUACUACGCGGAGUUUUGAUCUUGGAUUAUUGAUUGCAGUUCAGCGAGUUUCAUGCAUGGUUCUUUUGAUUGGUUUGGCGUCCACAUGGGGAAGGGCAUAUAUACUACUUCAUACUGUUUAAUGGGCCUGGUGUUGGGUUUCGGGCAUUCGAAGGAAAACGGAGGAUAGAGAUGUGCGAUAUGCUAAGAAUGGUGGGAUGCUUUUUGGCAACUUGACAAUUUAUGGUUA